AUGUCUCUCCAGUCCGGAGUGCGGAGGACACUCCGCCAAGCCCUCGUCUCCACACGCCAGCAUUUACACCACCAGACAACACCAAAACAGACAUCACCAACAUCAUCCUCCCCAGUCCGAUUCUUCCGCUCCUCCCCCAGAACACCACUACGAGACGAAGAAGGAACUUCCGGAAAAGAAGGCCAAUACGCCCGAACAGACCACACCAUCCAAGUUUCCUACCCCGGCCCAGCCUCCACCCAACUCCCCCCAACGGACAAUCUCGUCAAAGGGAUCGGCCAUGGAGGUGUCCCUACACUGCCUACCUUUUCCCUCCAGGGCAAAGUAGGUGUCGUGACCGGUGGUGCGAGAGGCCUUGGGUUAGUGAUGGGUCAAGGGAUGGUCGUAAGCGGCGCCUCGCUCGCCAUCGUCGACCUCAACAAGGAAGAAGCCACCAAGCAAGCCUCCCUCAUCCUCGAGACUUUCAAGCGGGACAACCCCUCUUCAGACCAAAUCCCCACCAUCACAGCCCACUACGCCGACGUCUCGGACCCCUCCUCGGUCCAGGCCUGCAUUCAAGAGAUCAUUUCUGCUCACGGCAAGAUCGAUGGCCUUGUCACCUCGGCCGGGUUCACCGAGAACUUUGAGGCGGUUUCCUACCCUUUUGAUAGGGUCCGGAAGCUGUGGGGGGUGAAUGUGGACGGGACUUGGCUGUUCGCUACCGAGGUGGCGAAACAUUUGAUCGAGAGGGGGGCAAAAGGGAGCAUGGUUUUUAUUGGGAGCAUGUCUGGAGCGAUUGUCAAUGUGCCGCAGCCCCAGGCGCCGUAUAAUGCGGCAAAGGCGGCCGUGAGGCAUAUGGCGAGCAGUCUGGCGGUGGAGUGGGCCAAGUAUGGGGUGAGGGUGAAUGUGAUUAGUCCGGGGUAUAUGCUGACUGCUUUGACUCAAAAGAUUCUCGAUGACAACCCGGAUUUGAAGGAAAAGUGGACGAGCUUGAUUCCGCAGGGAAAGAUGGGCAAGCCCGAGGACUUGAUGGGCCCGGUGACGUUUCUGCUGUCGGAUGCGAGCAGCUAUGUUACGGGGGCGGAUUUGAGGGUUGAUGGAGGGUAUACCUGCACUUGAAAGGUUCAUCAUCCAUGGAGUGAUUGAAUUUGUGUUAGAGAAACGGGGAUGUAAUAUCAUGUCAUGACAUUAGAUAGAAUAGGGGGCGUUUUGAAAAGAGCGAGCAUAGAAGUAUGCAGCCACAUUGGAUUUCAUCAAGUUCACUCAUUUGUUACUACUUUCUUCAUGAAAGACAUA